AUGCGAAGGAUCGAGACAACAAAUCUCACCAACCGGCCGGGCUUCGGGCAACAACCUUGCAGCUCGUCGGGUAAACCACCCGUCAUGUCUAAGUCGGAGAAGUUAACAGCAACAGACUCUCCAACAAGGGAGUCUGACAUGGAAACUAUCCCCGUGGGCACAGCCCAGGUUGAGAAGAGGUUCAACUUUUGGACCGCAUUCAGCGUUGCCGUCUGUACCUCCGGAGCAUGGGAAGGAUGGACUGCCUCCAUUGCUCAAGGAAUCUCCGGUGGUGGCUCCGUCGGCCUCGUCUGGGGCUGGGUCUUCGUCUCGGUUGGAAUUGUAUGCAUGGCUUGCGCUCUGGCCGAAUUCGUAAGCAUGUGGCCGUCUUCCGGAGGACAAUACGUCUGGUCUGCCAACCUCGCCUCGCCUAAGCACUCGCGUUUUCUGAGUUGGGUUACUGCCUGGUGCGGGCUUGCGGGGACCUGGCUAGCAGCCUUGUCUUGUGGAAUGGGUAUUGCAGUCCAGACCCAGUCGUACGUCAUGGUAAACCGAGACUACGAGCCCAAGACCUGGCACGCAUUUGUGGUAAUGUCCCCUUUAAUACAUGGCCCUUUAGGAACAUGCUUCAUCAUGUACUAA